AGCAUGUCGUUUGGCCAGGAUGGUUUCCUUUUCUCUCUCUCCUAGCAUAGAUGUCAGCAGGAGCACCCGUGACCUCCCACUCUGUGUCAUAGAUUCGUUUAUACAGCUUCACUUUCUACCUAAACAGCUACUUGCUUAUUCGUACAUAAACCUAAUUGCUGAGUUUCUUUAUAUAUAGAAUUUCUUCUUCAUUGAUUCUGUCUCUGUUUCUCGACGCCAAUGUCAAAAUUUCGACAUAUUUUGUUCAUUUUUUUUCUUCUUCUACUCAAUGUAAGCCAAACACUGUGCCAUACCAGAGGACUCAGACCGAGAAAAUCUUCAUGGAAGCAUCCGAUAACAAAUGAGACUACAGCCCAAUUCUCGGAAAUGCAAUUCAUGAAGUGGGUCAAAUUUGUUGGUAGUCUAAAACACUCACUUUUCAGGACGGCGAAGAACAAGCUUUUCCCUUCGCAUACUAUAACCGUGGCAAAGAACCCAGCGGCCGGACACUUCACCAAAAUUCAAGAUGCUAUUGAUUCACUUCCUUUCAUCAAUCUUGUUAGAGUGGUCAUCAAAGUCCAUGCAGGUGUUUACAUGGAGAAGGUUAGUAUACCUCCAUUAAAAUCUUAUAUAACCAUAGAAGGAGCAGGAGCUGAUAAAACUAUAGUUCAAUGGGGAGACACUGCUCAAACUCCAGGCUCAAAUGGGAAACCUAUAGGGACAUACAGUUCUGCAACAUUUGCUGUUAAUUCUCCUUAUUUCAUUGCCAAGAACAUCACAUUCAAGAAUACAACACCGGUUCCAGCCCCAGGAGCUGUAGGAAAACAAGCAGUAGCAUUCAGAAUAUCAGCAGAUACAGCAAGUUUUUGGGGGUGUAAAUUCUUGGGAGCACAGGAUACACUGUAUGAUCAGCUGGGUAGGCACUAUUACAAAGAUUGUUACAUUGAAGGGUCGGUAGAUUUCAUCUUUGGCAAUGGGCUUUCCUUGUUUGAGGGAUGUCACGUGCACGCAAUAGCACAGUAUACAGGGGCUCUAACAGCACAGGGAAGAAGCAGUCUAUUAGAAGACACAGGCUUCUCUUUUGUGAAAUGUAAAGUCACGGGCUCUGGAGCUUUGUAUUUGGGGAGAGCUUGGGGCCCCUUCUCUCGAGUAGUCUUCGCGUACACUUACAUGGACAACAUUAUUAUGCCUAAAGGCUGGUACAAUUGGGGAGAUCCCAAUCGUGAAAUGGUUUUAGGUAUUUGUCAGCACACUCUUUUCAGUAGAAGCACUAAAUCAGCUUUUCUGCUUUCAAAAGUGGGGCGGUUGAAUCUGGGGAGCCUCACCCACAAAUUUAUUAUUUGCCUGCUUAGGACUGUAUUUUAUGGGCAAUACAAAUGCACAGGACCAGGAGCUAACUUCGCUGGGAGAGUUUCAUGGUCAAGACAACUCACUGAUGAGGAAGCUAAGCCUUUUAUUUCUCUUAGUUACAUUGAUGGAUCUGAAUGGAUCAAGUUAUAAUUAUCAGUAUUUUAUCCAAUAUUUGUUCAAUUAAGCUGCACAAACUCAGCACGGUACAUUUGUAUAUGCAUGGGCCAGAAUGUGGAUUAAGUUGGUUGGGCUUGGGACUC